AUGUCCCUUGUCCACCUCGCAAACACCUGUUCUCACCUCCAGAAUGCCUCCCGCGCCCGACUAGGUCUAACUUCCAUCCCGGACACAAAAUUUCAUCUGAAACUCAUGCUCGCACUGCAAAGCUCGGGCUUCCUCUCAACAGUCGUGCGCGGUGGUCCAACACCGCCCCCAGCACACAACCUAUUAUCACAUCCAUCCUCGUCCGACCCUUCCCACCCUAUUGAACCCGUCACACGACAUAACGUUGCCUCUCGCCGUCUCUGGCUCGGCCUCAAAUACUGGAACUCCGAGCCCGUGAUUGAGAAGAUGGAGCUCAUCUCCAAACCAACGAGGCGGAUAUGGAUGGAUGUAGCAGGCUUAAGAAAACUUGUUUUAGGGCAGAAGAGCGGCUAUGUUAAGGGAAUGACACGCCCAGGGGAGUGCAUGUAUGUCAGUACGGACGUGGGAAUUAUGGAGGCGAGAGAGUGUGUGGAAAGGAAAGUGGGAGGAAUGCUUGUUUGUCGGGUGCGAUAA